AGUUUUGUUUUCUUGUCGUCAGAAAAAAAACGAAACUCAUCAGAAAGACUCCAGAGGCAGGACAUGGAGGGAACCUUCCAGGUGUGCGGGAACUGCAAAAGAAGCGUGCCUUCUUCUCACUUCACCCUCCAUGAGGCCCACUGCCUGCGCUUCCAAGAGGUGAAGGAGCAUUGCAUGAACCCGCAGGGAGAUGGGCACAUGCCCCUGACCUGCCUAUACAGUUCAUGUCCUUCCUGCUGCCUCCCCCAGGCCGAGGAACACCAGGAGCGCCCGGCGGAGUGCAAGUUCUGCGAGGUGGCUAUGAGCCUCAGCAAGCUGGAGCUCCACGAACAGCACUGUGGGGGCCGCAUGGGGCUCUGCCCAGACUGUAAUCAGCCUGUCAAGCUCCACGCACUGGCGCAGCACAAAGAUGUCUGCCAGGGUGAACAAGCCCAGCUGGGGGAAGGGAAGCUGUACAGGCCGGAGAGGACAGAAGAGGCUUCCAGGGCCAGAGUCUUUCCUGAUGGGAUGCCAGCAACGGUAGCUCUCAACAGGACAGAUGACAAGGGGAAGAAAAAUUUGGACUCUGAAAAGGAAAUCUACUGUUAUUAUUGCAACCAAAUGAUUCCAGGAAAUAAGUAUUUCUACCAUAUGAAGAAAUGUCCAACCUCAGAGUUUGUGAAUGAUUUUCCACCUGGAAAGCCAAAAACACCUUCACCAUCCUUCCCAAGUCAGGCUGCUAAAAAUCAGACUUCCACAGCAGAGAAGGAUGUCCGCCCGAAGACAAAAAAUAUGAACAGAUUUCCUCUUCUUUAUGAAAGUUCAACAAAGCAAGCACCAAGAGGCAAAAACAAAGCCAAGAAUCUGCCUUCAAAGUCUGAGUUCAAUCCCUGGGCCCGCUCUCCUACAGAAGAUGAGACAGCUUAUAACAUUCUGAGAGGAUGUUUCCAGUGUGGAAUCCUGCUUCCCCUGCCAACCCUCAUUCAGCAUCAGGAGAAAUGCCAGCGGUUAGCUUCAUCGAAAGCUAAACAAGUGAAAAAUCUCAGCUAGAUACGGAAGAGAAAAGAGAUAUUGGUUUGCCCAAGGUCUUCGGAUAAACCAGAAAAAGAAAAGAUUCCAGUUCUGGCUGAGAAUUCUGAAGAAGCAUCUAGGCCCUACAGCUGGGACACCGUAGAGAACCUGGCUUGUUCCUCAAAGAAUAAAAACACCUUCCCUGAAA